CGUGCCGGCGGCGGGGGCAAGCAGUCGCAUCGUGACCGCGCGCCGCACCGCGUGUGCGUUCGUUUCGCGCCCGUCGAAUUCGCCGCGAACACGGCCGAAAACGAGGGUUCAGCCAUGGUGUCCGUGGGCUCGUGGAGGCGCCGUACGCCCGACGACUGCGAGGAACGCUCCGAACCCGGCGCCUCCAGCUCAGGAGUGCCGCGGGCUCCGCCGAACUGUGCGCGAUGCCGCAACCACCGGCUCAAGGUGGAGCUGAAGGGCCACAAGCGAUACUGCAGAUACAGGCAUUGCACUUGCGAGAAAUGCCGCCUCACGGCAGACCGGCAGCGAGUGAUGGCGCUACAGACUGCACUGCGUCGUGCCCAGGCGCAAGACGAUGCGCGCGCGCGGGCUCUAGAGUCAGGGCUGCAGCCCCCGGGCGUGGAGCUGGAGCGUCCCGAGCCGCCCAUCGUGAAGGCGCCGCGCAGCCCUACAGUGCCGCCGCCGCCCACGCGCUCGCUGGGCUCGGCCAGCUGCGACUCGGUCCCUGGCAGCCCGGGGGUCUCGCCCUACGCGCCGCUGCCACCGUCCGCGCCCCCGCCGCCGGUCAUGCCACCGCUGCUGCAGCAGCAACAGCCCGGUUAGUAGAUUCCUUAGUUCUGCAUUCAAGUUGGUGAAGUUUAAAAGAAAGUUUCUGUCAUUGUUUGAGGAUGCGCGUGCGCAUUUACGGUUUGUGAACAUUUAUUUACGAUCUGUUACUUCUCAAUAGUGCACUCGCUGUGACAGGCUGUUACUGCAAAAAAGCUAGCCAGUAUUUUAUAGUGACAUAAUUUCAAGAUUUACGAGAAAUCCUUCAAAAUUGCCUGCAAUAACAGUAAACUAAGCAAGCUAAGUGUAUCUUGGUCAGUUUAGCGAUAUCGCCUAAUUAGCACAGUUUUUGAACGUGUAACAUUCUAGCGAGAACAAAUAAUUCUCUUACCAUAAUUGAAAAGUAAAGUCUUACGCAAACAGCAGGGCUAGUAAAUACACUUCAAAGGGCCUGCCAUUGUAAGUGUUAUUGCGUAAAUUUAAAUAACUUAGAACGUUGGUUAAGCGACCGCCUUAGGCCUACAACUGAUGGGAAAACUGAGAAAGACGUGAUACAGAUUAGAUAACACUCUAGUAGUAAAGUAUCUGCUAUUACUAUCUACCUAGUUUCAUCUUAAAAUCAUGACGUAUCAUUAGACUUCUUAACAGCACGCAAAAAAUCAAGUCUUUAAAGGCACUCCCAGAUCCUAUUUUAAAAAGAGGUGCUCUACAAAAAGUCCUAUACGUAAAUCAUACUUACAAAAUAAAACUAUUUAUGUUUAAUAUGGAUUUAAUUACUAAAGCAAGUUUGUUUAAUCAAUCAGUCUGACUGAACUUCAACCUAAUUAGUUGUAGGCCUAUUUGAAUAUCGCGUAAAUGCUAAUCUGAGUAUUUUCUUGUUCCUUUUUUAUCUACUGUUGAAUAAAACGCUUAUUAUAAUUAUUAUAUUGUCAAUUAAAACUGAAUGAUCUGAAUAGGUUAGAGAAACAUCUAAAAUCGUCAAACCGUGACUUAGAAAGCGGGUUAUCUCUACAUUAUGUCUUACUCAGCACUUAGAGUCGUGGAUAAAAACCUUUUGAAUUUAGUCGACUUAAUUUUUUUUUCGUAUUUUAAUGAAUGAAAACUCUAAAACUCUAAACAUUUAAACAUGUUAAAAUUACACAAAUACAGCAGCAUCAAGUGUUUUUUUUUAAUUAUUUGUGGCAUGUUUUUGGUAUUCAAUUGAUCUAUACCAAAAAUUACGUAUAGUAGUAGUUAGUAACCCUAACAAUAUCCUAUGUGAAAACAAUAAAGUAGUACUUAUAAAAUAAUCAUUAAAUGAACAGCCGGGACCUAACCACUAUUUUCAAUGUGAAGAUGGAUUAAUUAUGAUAGAAUAGCUUAUCAAAAACAUUCAGCGCGAUUCCCGUAUUAUUUUAUUCAUUGGGAAAUAUUUUUUUAUCAAGUAGGUAUGUAGUAUUCCAUCAAUAAAAUAAGAUGACGAUUGUAUUCAAUUAAUUAAAAAAAAUGUGCAUUGAUAUAUUUUCAAAUUCGUAACAAAUGCAAGACUACAUAGUGUAUUUUUUAUCUUCCUACUACGUGGAGUCGACGAAUCUAUUAAUCCCAAUUAUCAAAAAAUAAAGAAUCUAAUAAUCUAUUAUCAAAAAAUAAUUACACAUAUGCACCAGAACCACAACUAUAAAACUCUAAAUACAACUUUAUUAACGAUUACUACGUCGAAAAUCUUAAUUUAAAUAACGUAUUUGACAAAUUCCAUUCAUACUUCAAUUAGUUAUUUAAAAAGUGUGCCAAAAGAACAAUUUAAUAUUAAUAGGUAUUUUUCAUUAAUCGUUUUAGCACACUGUCAUUUCGCCCGUUUAUAAGGUUCUUUUUACAACCUGCCAAAAAGUUAAAUCGACCACAAUAGAAUUAUAUGUUAUUUUUUUUUGUAUUUGAAAUAAAUUUUAUUUUCUAUUUAUUUCCGUCGGAUUGCACCUGGCAGGUUCCAUGGUAUGUUUAUAAAAUGUGUGGAAUACCUACAUGCAUAUUCCAAGCAUCGGUUUUUUUUAAGAACUUUUUAAUUAAAUAUUUAGCUGUCACAUCGGAAUGUCGAAAUAAUAAAUUGUUUAAUUUAUAGAAUGAAAUGAUCUGGACAAUUCGCUUUCUUUUUACCAAAAUAACUGAAGUUAAUUGACUUGAUUUGUAAAGGUUAAAUCAAUUAAAGUAAUUGAGAUAUUUUAAUAAUUAUCACUUAAAUAUAUUUGUCCUUUAGGACGAAUGUUGAAAUUCUCGCUUCAUACACUCUUAUUAAAAUUCAUAAAAAAACAAUUUAAAACAUAUUGUGUUAUACUUUUUUAAAUAUUUAUUUCCAAGGCACAUAGGAUCAAACUCGAUUACUCUACUCGACUCUAAGAAGACCUCAGACUGUAGCCAAGCCUUUGCAAAUCAAAGAAACAAAUCAUUCUUGUCUAUUUAUUAAAUAUCUGUGUAAUUUAAAUGGCCACCUUGAUAUAUUUGUUUGAAUAAUUACCCUAACUAACCGGUAUUUCUCAUUACCAAGUUCUAUUACUACCUUAUUUAGAAGUUUCUUGUUAAAACCAAAACAAGUAAUAUUUAUGAUAACUGAGAUUUACGUGAACGUCGGAACAUUGAAGCAAAACUAUUUGAAUGGGCUUUUCUUCCUUUCUAUGUGAUACAGUAUUCAUAUAUUCUUGACUGUUGUUACUUCAUUUCGAUAAAAAAAAAUACUUUAAUGUUUAUAAAAAUGUCAGAUAUCCGAAACUCCUCUUUAAAGCUGACUUAUUUUUUGAUGGAUGAUACGUAACAGCCAUUUUCUAAAUUCGUUUUUUGAAAUCUUCCCGCGUAUUACAAUAAGUAAGUAAUGUAAGUACGUUUUGGGACAAUCUUAAAAACAAAGAACAAAUUUAUUAUUUCAAUUCAUAUCACACAUUUAACAUGGUGUUAAAAAAACUUUCAUCACAUUGAUUUAAUUAUAAUAAAAAGUGUCAACAUGUUCUGUAUAUGAAACAACGAACGCCUAAAAACCGUUUUGAUUUAAAGUAAAUACUUUUUACUAAUUUAUCCUAGUUAAAACAUUUUUCAAAUAAAUUCUUUUCAAUUUAUGACCCAAAAUGUUUGCUAAAAUGUCUCCAUUCAAAUAUAUUAUCUUGAUAUGGCCGUUGCAAGUCAGUAAUCAAUGUUUUUGAGAUAACGGUUGUUGUGCGCGAGAAGUGAUAAUGAUAACAUUAGUAUGUUUACAUUAAUCAUUGCAUUAUUAUUGUUACCAUGUGUAAGUAGUUCACGUCGAUUCUUAAUUCCAUUUUUGGGUAAGACACUGCAUGUCUCUGACCAGGCUGUACCUCAUGAACCGGGUUACGCAGUUGAAAGUUUUACAGAUACUACAUCAUAUCAAUAAUAAAAAACAGAAUAUACUUUAUAAAUUCUUGAGUUUAGAUUUGAAUAGAUAAUGGAACGGAAUUCUAACUGCGUGAGGUUGUCUCGCACUUUAUCGUUUUUUGGGUUAAUUAGACUAGAAAAUGACGUUUCAAAAAAAGUGUCGCAAAUUCGAUAACCCUAUUGAGAAAUCAGUACUGUUUAACACUUUUAUAAAUAUGUUAUCAAACGCAGUGGGUGUAGUGAAUGUUUGGACCAGUAAACCUUGUCCGGUUUAAAUACAUUAAUUUCUCAAAAGGAACAAUUCUCUUAUUAAGCUAUGUGGAAACAAUGUUUAUUAAAGCAUUAAAUAACACAUACAAGGAAAGAAAUAGAAGGCAACCUAGUUAAUAUUAGUGGACCUUUUAAAAUGUUUCUAGACUGGUGUUUACGUCAUCGGCCCUAUUUUUAGACAGUUCAACUCAUGCAUAGUUUGAACUCUGAUCCUUGUAAAACAAAUUGAAAGAGUCGUUAUUUGUUAAAUGUAAAAAAAAAUAUCCAGAAGAAUUAACAUAAUUCGAGUCAUUUCUUGCCGACGUGAGUUGUUAGCAAUCUAUCUUGUGUAGUAAUAAGGCUUUAUUUAGAUUAAGUGGCAGGGGUCAGAUUGAAGAAUGGUCUUACAGGAAUUUCCCACCGCAGAUAUUUCUAAUAUACUUAAUUAGUAUCAUUAGCAAGUUAAUUCACUUUGCAGAAUCACUUGUGCAGGGAGAGAAGGUAAAUUAUAACAAUACAAGAUUACAUGUACGAAACUUCUUAGUAUCUAGUUUUAAGGUGAAUCUUUAAAGUAUAAAAAAUAGUUUUUGAUACCAUCCGACGGCUAUGCUCAAAAGGUAAUUUAAUAUUUUAACUUAGUCCCUUACAAUCCGUAGUCAUUCAACAAUAUCUCGGAUCUGAUGACGACUCAUCGUUAGCUCUACUUUCAUUUCAUAGAAUAUUUUAAGCAUGUCACAGAAAUAUCACUCAUACAUGCAUUUCCAAAAACAAAACUCUUUUACACCAUCAAAUACAACUAAAAAAUGCUUAUGUCUAGAAUGAAAAUGCAUAAAUAAACAUAAGAGAGAUUUCUAUUAUUAGAAACUUAAACCUGAUUAAUUUUAUGUAGAUGCUAACUGUGUGAAACAAUAAUUUCAGAGUAAAGAGACACUUUUUAAACGCCCCAAAUGUAAGAAUUAAUUUAUCCGCCGGCAUCGAAACCCACCCUCCAGAACUUACUCGCAUUUCAUUUGUUACUUAGGACGAAAACCAGACUGAAAACUUUUAGCAACACUUCAUUAACACAAAAUAAUCUAACUCUCUUUUAACGCUCGUUACUUUUUCGUUAAGUUAUAGUUAUACUCGACCGCAUUCGCAAGAAGGAAACCAAUUCUAUCGUCUAUCAUUUUCCAAGCGUAGGAUCAAGUUCCAAUCUUGCUGAAUUUAAUCUUUAUUGAACACAUUCCUUUCUUCUAAUAAAUAAACUUUUCAGUCACAAAAACAAGACGCCCCAUGUCUAAAUCAUAAAAACAAUGCAGUCGUAGAUCAAAAGUUAACUAAAACCACUUAAUUUGUUUGCAAAUAUUUCUAUCCGUCAAUAUUCAAUCUCCUUGGAACUCAAACACUUGCAUUUAUUAUGUAAAGUAAAUCAUAAUAAAAUGAAUACGUAGAUAACGUGCUUACACUCAAGCGAGAUGAGAUAGUAUAGGUAGGUGACCUAUGAAAGAUAACUAAUUGUUGCAUUUAAUUAUCAUUGAUACGUAAUUGAAAAGAUUAUUGUUUUGUGUCCCCUGUUACAAUGUCAGAGUUGUAAGACUGAUGAGAGUUUUGAGGCCUGUCACCAUUUUUAAGGCUUCAUUCACAUUAUUACCUGGCCUAGACCCCCUAUGGGGUCGUAGGUCUAAACCAAUGGUUUCCAAAGUGGGUGAUAAAAACCCCUUUGGAGCUGACUUUGCAGUAGUUGGGCAGCAGCUAUGUGAUGCUGCCUUCAAACGCGGCGGUAAGAGAUCCAAAUAAAUGUGUUUGUGUUCAACUUACAGCGCUUACGUCAUAAGUGAGAUACGUGCAGCAAAAAAUAAUUGUGCAGUUUUUAAAAAGUAAGUUAAAUUAAUUAAGUUUGGUAACCGCUAAUCAAUUGAAUUGAAACUAACUCUGCUUUCAUCAAAGUUACGGCUUCUAGAGAACCCUGCAGUCGUUUCUGGUAAAUGUAUUCAGUCUAUUUAGAUAAUUUUUUGUGCUAUGAAGCCACAUUGUGAAUUACUGUUGCAUGAUAGAUGAUAUUUAACAAAGAUGGCGUUACAUACGUGAGAUAUUUUUAAGAAUAAAAAUAUAGACUUACAGAUAUGCGUGUAUAUUUCUUUAUUGAAAAACCGCUUCAUUAUCCGUCAGUGAUUGUCAUUUUUUUAAGACUAUCAAAGACAAUAUUUCUUCGCUCACGAAUAUGCAUUUUUUUUGUAAUCUAUACUUUGACAAGAAUAAUGUAUUAUUAUGCUCACAACAACCCGACGGCUAUAAUUUAAACAUUAUUUGAUAUAUAUAUCUAACUAAUAGUUUAUGAAGUGUUGUUGUGUCAUAUAUCUAAUAUAUUUAUUAAAAUAUAAUGAUCUAGUGUUUCACGACGAGUCUAUUAGAAAAUAUUAUUUACCUGCGUCAAAAAAACUUAAGUAUGUAUUGUUGUCUUGUUUUUUUUGUAAGGUUUAUGCUGCUGUCUCUUUCUCGCCUUAGGCUUGUACCCCAUACAAGGGGUGUGGGAUUCCGAUAGGUCGUCCAAGUAAGGGAGAAUGGGGGUGGGGUGGCCAUAAAAACUUAAGCCUAUGGGCGGGGCGAGCCUAUACUUAUGUAAAGACUUUUAUAUAAACCAGUCUUGCGUUAACUUGGACAGGAGAAAGAAGAAACUUAAUCGAUAAAAUAGGGCGUUGAUUUAGUAUAUAAUUCCAUCAAUUUAAUUCAGAGUUUUAUGUUUUUUUUUUGUAAAGGCAUAAUAGAAAUUAUGAAUAUCUUUGAUAUCCUGGCUUUUUUAUAUUAAUAGAUAUUUAGCGUCGGAAGUGAAAGAAUAGAACAAGUUUUCUUAUGUUGUGACAAAAUGUAUGCAAAACAUUUCCGAUAUUCUUUUUUGCAAAACGUUUCAUGCUAUUUGUUUCUAUAAAUGAUAUAAAAAUAAAUUAUAAACAUAAUUUCUAAUGUCGCAGUCAUAACCAAUUUAAAAACAAAUCGACAUUUUCAUCCACAACAUUGACAUUACAAAUACAAAUUCGUUAUAAAUCAAUCUUCCGCAACUAAUCAAUAAAAAUAGAAGUUUCUUAACUGGAAGCUUCCAGAAUAUUCGAGAAGCUUCGAGAAUCUUCUCGAUACUUCGAGUAAAAGAGUUUCAAAUGAGUCUGAACAAACGAGCUUAGUUGGAGGAUUCGAAGGGAAUUCAACGGAAAACAAGGUUGCGUUUCCGUCAAUACUUGUCUAGGGAUGAUACCUAGAUACCCAGUUUGUUUUGUUUGGCUCACCCUCGCGGUGUAGGUCACUGCUAGGGUUGCUUACACCAAAAAAAUGGUAACGGGAUGGCGUGAUAAAGUAUUACUCGCUAAAAAAUAUAGGCAAAAACUUGCAAUAAGCAAAAAAAUUGUACUAAAUAGUUGUUGAAUCUGUUUAACGGAUUUGUAAAAAUUGAUUUAAUCUAAUAAAUCAUACUGUCUUUUGAAUGUGCCACCACAAGACCAAAUUUUCUUUAACAUUGAAAUGCAUGAAACAUUUUCAAGUAUGAAAAAUAAUAAGAUAUAGGACGACUUCUUUACUAAAUCUUUGUGUUGUUGAAAGGUCAAAGUAUAACAAUCGUUUCAGUUAUGUUGUAGAAGAAAAUGUUGCGUCAAACUGUCUGACAUCUAUCUUGUAAACCUACGGUUGUAUGCGAUUACUGCUCUAAUCUAAAUUAGUCUGGGAAUGUAGAUAACAUUCAAGUACUAUUAGUUAUAUGCAAGCCUACCGAGAAAAUGAUAGCUAUUACUUAUUAUCUGAGUACUGGAUUUUUACUGCUGCGGCAAUAUCUUUUUCUAUACCAUGCUCAAGCUAAACUUUUAAUUUCCUCAGUAAAAUGUAGAUGUAUGUAGCUCAAAAUCUUCAAGAGGUUUUUUUUUUAAUUUUAAGAUGUUAAGGAAUCGUUGUUUACAAAACAAAAUAAUACUUUGAAUGUUACUUUCAUGUCUUAAAACAUAAAAUCAUAUGCGUUUCGAACGACAACCGACCGCUCUAUAUCCGUCCCAUUUCACUGUAACUACUUAACAUUUAAUUUAUUUUCACUUGCAAUAAAGUUAGCAAAAAGAGUAUUGGGUAGUGACACCCCUGACGCAAACGUUUGAUGUUUUACGAUCGCACCGCUUGUCAUUAAACUUCCCUAUUUCGGACGGAUAGCUUAGGGCUGUCGCGUCACUCGGGGUGGGUAUUUUACAGAGGCUGAAUUGUACGAAGACAUUCUACCUAGUUUAAGUUAAAAUAUUUAAAAUCCGAUUUAACAAUUGAUUUUUAUCUCUAUCUUCUAGGCUAAGUUUUUUUAUGAUAUGAUUCAUCAUCUUUAAGUGAUCAUUAAUCUUUCAACGAUUACAUGUUUAAAAUGCAUUACAAAAAUAACACAAAAUUGAUAUUUUAUAUUAAAAUAAAAUUUUAAAGAAGGUAGUGCCAACCCUAAACUUAAGGGUUAAAAUUUUACGUGCCCCCGUAUUUCGGGCAGUAGCGCGGGCGGGCAAGGUCGGUAUAUAUCUAAAUAGAAACGUAUCUACGUAGAUAUACAACUACGUGGAAACGUAGAUACGUAGAGACGUAGCGCCACCUAACGUCUUCUUUGUGUAGACUUAUUGUGCCAACGAAAUAACUCACACGUUACGUUUUGAAUAAUUCCGGCUGAGAUAACAUUGUUUUGGGGUGUAUUUUCAUGCAUUUCUUCUUCGUAGCGCUUUAUUUAAGCUAUGUUUGGGUCGGGUUACAGUCUCACCACGGGAUUCACUCUGAAUACAGUUCAAGAAGCGGCUAUAUUUGUUUUUUUUAUUCUUGGAUGGUAAAUAGAUAGAUAGAUAGAAUACUCUUUAUUGUACCCCAUAAGGAAAAACAAUUAUAGAAAAAUAAUAAAACAAUAGUAGGUAUCUAUUAAAGACGUGAAACCAUUUGAAAAACACUCAAGUUAAAAAAAGACGAAUUAAAAGACGAGAUUUUUGCAUAUUAAAAAUUUAGAACAAGUAUUCUAUAAAAUAAUUCACACAGUUAAAAACAUUUACAAUAUGUUUCAUCCUUGUAAUAUUAAUGCAAGUAUUAAGAAAAACUCACAAUAAACGAAUAAAUCAUCAGUCACUGACAAAACGGGCAAAAAACAGCACUGUUGUCAAUUGAAUCCAGUUUUUUUUGCUUAAUAAUUGAUAAUUGAACAGCAAAACCAUUACAUGGACGGCAAUAGUACAAUUUUCCUUCUCAUACAUACACGUGGAACUGAUGCAAGUCUAUUGUGUACUAAUUAAGUACAUAUUACAUAAUUAAGAUAAAUGGUGCAGAAUACUGAGAUAACCAUUCUCGUGCCGCGUCUAUAUUACGUAGUCUGUGGUGAUCGCGUUCGCCUCUAGCUAUUUCUGUGCUCUGUGUAAUUGAUUGACGUCACGGUAUUUAUAAAUGCAUGGUAACAUCUACAUAUUUAUGUAUUUAAUUUAAAUAUUCAGUAUUUUAUG